AUAAAUUCAUCACAUAUUAAUCAUCUAUAAUGGCUGAUAAUAAUGAAGGUCCAUUGAUACCUCAGCAUACACAGAGGGCUGUGUUUGUACUGGCGAACCUGUUUCUCUACAGUGUUGCUAUGUUUACAUUGCCAUUUGUUGCAUUUUUUGGUGUCAGACACAUAUUAAGUGAAUAUUAUCCAGUUAAUGCCUAUGUAGUGACAGUGUGGUCAGUUGUGGCUGCAGUGCUUGUUGUGAAUUUAAUAAUAUGUGUUUACGCAUAUAAAGCUUACCAUGAGAAGGAGUAUGAUGAACAUGGAAAUGAAAUUGAUCAACAUUCAUACACACCCCUCCCUACAUCUGAUAGUUCAAAGAGUGAUUUGAAUGUAAAACAAGACUAAUACAUAAAAUGCUUGGUUUACACACAUUCCAUUUAUGUUACUAAUGUAAUAUAACUACAAUAAUUUUAAAAUAUGAUUAUCAAUAACGAACUGCUCUUCUACACACAUGUUUGAUUCCAUAUUGUUUAAAUUAUAGACAGAGAAAUAAAAUUAAAACUGUAAA